UGCGGCAUUUCAGGAGAAGAUGAAAAGCAAAACGGCAGGAUAAAAGUUCUUUUUCAUGGAAAGAAACGCUCCGAAUACAGGAUCAUGGGGUAUGGGCAAAUCCUCCACCGGCGAGGGGAUGAGGAGGACCAGGUCCACCUCAAUGUGGGAGGGGUACGGCAUGAACUGGAUCCUGAUAUGGUGCUCCGCUUUCCUCACACGCGUUUGGCUCGUCUGCUGUGCUGCCAGAGCGAGGCGGCAAUCCUGGAGCUGUGUGACGACUACAGCCCGGCUGAGAAGGAGUACUACUUUGACAGGAAUCCUCGGGUUUUCCUGUGCGUGCUUAACUUUUACCACACGGGACAAAUCCACAUGAUGGAGGAGUUGUGCGUUUUUUCUUUCUGUCAAGAGAUUGAGUACUGGGGUAUCAAGGAGCUCCACCUCAGCCCCUGCUGCAGCAACUGGUACCACGAGAGGAAGGAGUACAUCGAGGACAGAGACUGGGACAUCAGGAGCGAAGACCAGCAGGAGCCGAGCUUCGACUCCUCGUUUGAGGAGCUCUCUGCUCUCGAUAAAGACCUCGCCAAGUUCAAAGGGGCCUGGUGUGCAGAAAUUCGCAGCUACAUGUGGCUCAGACUGGAGGAUCCGGGUCACUCGAGAGCCUCGAAGAUCAUUGCUGUGGCUUCCCUCAGCGUGGUGUUGACCUCCAUCGUUGCCAUGUGUGUUCACAGCAUGCCAGAGUUUCAGCGUGUGGAUGACAGUGACAGGCCCAUCGAGGACCCCGUGCUCACUAGACUGGAGGCGGUUUGCAUCGUCUGCUUCUCCGCAGAGUUCAUAAUCAGGUUAAUUGUCGCGCCCUCCCGACGGAAGUUUCUCGGAAACCCCUUGAACAUAAUCGACGCCGCUUCGAUUUUGCCGUUUUAUGCCACUUUAGCUCUGGAGACCGCCGACGAGGAUAGCGUAGAGGAGAACGAGGACAUAGAAAACGUGGGGAAAGUGGUGCAGGUUCUGCGCCUCAUGCGGAUUCUCAGAAUCCUCAAACUGGCUCGCCACUCCAUCGGACUGCGAGCGCUGGGGGCCACCGUCCGCCACAGCUACCAGGAGGUGGGCCUGCUCCUUCUCUUCCUCUCAGUGGGAAUCUCCAUCUUUUCUGCUCUCAUCUACUUCGCAGAGAAGGAAGAGGACACCGAUUUGGGGACAAUACCUUCAGGUUGGUGGUGGGCCACAAUCACCAUGACCACAGUCGGCUACGGGGACACCUGCCCCGUGACGGUGGCGGGGAAGAUUGUGGCCACCGUGUGUAUCAUCUGUGGCCUGCUAGUGGUGGCUCUUCCCAUCACCAUCAUCUUUAACAAGUUUUCAAAGUACUAUCAAAGAAACAAAGCCAUGGAGGGACAGUGCAUCACCAAGCCCGAAAGACAAGACCCAGAACUCCCUCAUUACAACAUCAGGGAACUGUUAACGGGAAGCGUGUACCCCUUUAUAGGAAGCAUCGCCUUUAGGAACAGUGGGAGCAGCGGAGGGGACGAUACGGACGCCUCCAGUCUCCAGGACAUCGAGGUGUACGAUAAUGACGCUUGUGAAAAUGGAGCAGCCAAAUGAGAUUCCUGCCAUUUCACCGAGCAUCACUCCCUUUAUGACUGCGAGUCAGUCUCUGCCUCUCGGGGCAGAGUGCUCCAUCACUGACCCUGCCUUCCUGCACUGUCUUCCCCCUGCAAUUUGACAGAGAAAUAUUGUGGCCAUGAAGUUUUUUCCCUCCUCUAUCUCUCUCUCUUUCUCUCUCUCUCCCGCUCUCUGUCUACAGGGGAAUAGCUGUGGCUGAAAUAUACAGCGUCGCUAAAACCGGGAAAUCUAAAGGGAAUUAUCUGAACCUUGCUCAGAGGUUUGAAAGCCCAUUUUCUGCUUGAGAAAACUGCAAUGAUGCAUGUAGGAGGCCAUAAUGUUAAUGUUUUUCAAAGUAAUGUCCUUUAUUGAUUUCCUGCUUGCUGAAAAGUUCAGACAGAGAGUUUUCCAAAUGCAAAAGUCUAGGAUGACAACAGCACAGUUUGAUGUUUAAAAAUGGCGUUAUAGAUCUCAACGUUGGCUGCAUGACCAAAAAUAAGUGCAUUUUGAAAGAGAGUAAUAAAAAUAGUAGAAUUAGGCACAAAAAUUGAUGAAGAGAGGUGUCACAUUCCUCUCAGAGCACCGUGGAAGUCGCUGAUGUGCCGGGUUUUUAUUUCGUUUUUGUUCGUUUUGGACAGUUCUGGCAUCUCGGUGAAAGGGGAACUCAUGUGGACAUGAAAUAAAACUCACAAGACAGGUGCUGCUCAUUUGUGCCUGUUCAGAUAAGCUUAA